AUGGAUGCAGACGUGAUCUGGGAUGUUCUAAAUGGUUCCUUCGGAAAUCAAGAUGCCCGUCUUCUGAGAGGGAAACUCUUUAUGGGUCCUUGCUCAGGAAUGCCAGGCCUUGCAUUGGCCAUGCACCCUGUGCUGUCGGCCUUCCUGACAGAGCUCCCUGGCUGGUUCCUGUUCUCUGGGGUCUUCCUGCCUGUGGCUUUGCUGCUGCUCCUCCUCAUCGCCUACUUCAGGAUCAAACUGAUUGAGGUUAAUGAAGAAUUACCUCAGAUUCCUCGUCACCAGUACGAGUGCAAGGGCGGCUCUUCCCUGCACAAGAAAAUGAAAAGAAUUUGACAGUUCGAACUGACCAAUGGCUAAAGCACAAUGAAUUUCUACUGGUCACAGAGCAAUGGUCUACAGUUUAACAAAGUAGGUUGAUAAACUAGAACCACCACCAGAGUAGAAUCCUAGGAUAACUAUUCUGAGUCACUCUGAAAAGUGGCAGCUAUUACCCAAGAGGACUUCUGAAACUCAGCUUCAACAGUUCUUUGGAAAGUACCAGAUACAUAAGAUUUAGUUGAGCAGGCUCAAUGGACUGGACAUAUCAUAACGUUUAAACUGUUACUGUGACUGUUGACUUUGAAUCGCAUUUUUAAAUAAAUUCUCAGGCAUCAGUAUUACAGGAUCCAAUGAAAACCCACAUUAUUUUGAUUUUAGAAGUGAGGAAACUCCAGAAGAGAUCAAAUAAAUAAAUAGCAAAAGAUGAGUGUCCUGCAGGAGCUCUGUGGAUGCUUUAUGAAAGGGUGUCCACACUUGCUUCUCUAGCAGGGCAGCAACUCUUCCAUGAUACCAUUUCAGACAUUUCUGGACCUGAGUAUGUGCCUCUCCAUUUCCCAAGAGCUUUCACAAAUCAUCACCGUGACAAACAAAACAAGAGGAGUCUCAAUAAUACUAGGUAGAGAUCACUCAUCCAUGUAGCUCUCAACAUGGCGCAACUUGGAAAUACGGGCAAUUCGGUGUUGAGAAAAGAAAAGGAGAACACGUUAACACAACUCCUGGGGAGAAGAAUUCAAGUCUUUGCCUCUAAAACCCACAAUGUCAGGGAGCUAUUUCUAAAUAUGGAAAGAAGUCUACAUUUCACUAGCAGAAUUCUCCCUCUACGGAAACCCUGAAGAGCCAACAUAGACCACUGAAAGAAACAUUUAAUUCAAGGUGGUGGUUUAAAUAGAUUACUAUUGUACUCUCCACAUUUUCCUACUAACAUUAACAAAAUGUUUGAUACUUCCUAAAUCUGAUUAUAUUCCAGUCUUUGCACAUGACUAGCGGGCUCUUGGUGAUUCGCUUUAUACAAUAAAUUUUGUCAGCUCUAAGAAACGCACCAAUUUUGGUAGUAAGAGGCAUACAAAAGAUUGUGGGGAUGCCCCAAAGCAUAAAUAAUGCAUCAACAGUGCCAGAUAUUUUCUGCUUCUUCCUGCCAGCCCCACCCCCAAAUUCCUCAUAUGCAUUGUGAAUGGUCUGUUUGCGCUUCUUACAUAAUAUAACUCACUGUUCAACUCUUCACACUCAUUUCUCCAUUUUAUUGCACUUGAUUACAAUGAAAAUGUCUGCUGGGGCUUUCAGACAGAUAAUUUAUAACAACAGUGUUCGUGCCAUAUGGAAGGAAUAACACUAUUCCCUUGGUUCUGGGAGGGAUCUCUUUUUAGCCUUUGAUAGAAUCAGCUUGUGUAAAAAUGCUUUCUUUAACAGAAGGUGUGAAAGGACACAUCAUACCCUCAUCUCAGCAGCUGCCAGCCAAAUCUGUGGUGCAGCCAUCAGGGUUUGCUCCAUCUUCCUCCAGAAAUAGGCACUUCGAGAGUCUGAGUUUGGGCUCUGGUAGAUGCCUGCCCACCACCUCUCCUAUUGUGGGAACAGAUGAGCUCUAAACAUACAUGUUUCCUACAAUAAGCGUAUCCAAGUAGCUUAAAUCAAGACCUGUUUCUUGUUGCUACAGAAUAAAGUGGGAGUAAGGAAAUUGCCAAUGAAAUUGUGACUGGACUCCAUGAACUUUUUCUGUGCAGGGAAGGACAGUAACAUGUUGAUUUUCCCAUGGAGAAAACAAGUCCCAAAGAUUUCAUUACCAUCUGUUUGAAGGCACUGUUAACAAAUUUGUCAAAUCAUCCACAAAGCAUGGCCAAGUGGCUACAGAGUUAACUCUUUGCUCUUCACAUGCUUGUAGGUCCAGUUUAAGAUUUCAUUUUCUUCACUACUGUUACAAAACCAGCUGUCCCGGUCUUCACCCAGACCAGACCCUGGUCUCCUUACAUCACCAUAGGCAGUUCCACUCAAUGCUCCAAAGCCUUUUACCAGGAGACAAAAUACUCCUUUGACUCAAAAUGGUCUCAGCUCGACAGUUUCUUAUUUCUAAUGUUCUAGUAUCUGAAAGAAUUCCCAGGUAGAGAUGAUGAUUCUCCAACUAAACCUUCAAUAAAAUACUUUAAUGGGUGCUUUAAGUUCUGUCACAUCAUGUUAUUAUUCAAUGAAAAUUUA